CUGACAACAUGCUCACAUCCCGUGACAUCUCAUUGCUCUUUACUACUUUUGCGGAUGAAUCGCGUAGCCACUUCCUACUUUCUUGCAACAAUUCUCCCCUGUAACCAUCCGUUUUCAAUCUGUUUCAUUCGGCCUUCACAUACGCCGCGAACGAAUCAUGGCUACCAACGCCGACUACAAGCCCGGAGUGCCCUACAAAGAAGAAAAUGAGAGGCUAUACGACGGACUGCUUGAAGUAUUUGCUGAGCGAAAGGCUGCUACUUACGCAGCCCAUCUGCUUCCUCUUAUCAAACCAGACCACUUCAUCCUUGACUUGGGCUCCGGUCCCGGGUCGAUCACCAUGGACUUGGCACGCCUCGUGCCAGACGGUAGUGUAGUUGCUGCCGAUAUCAGCUCAGAUUGGUUGGGUCAAAGCCGGGAGCUUGCAAAGCGACAGGGAGUAACGAACGUUACUUUCGAGGUCGCCGAUGCCACCAAUCUCCACCAAUUCGCAGACGACACUUUCGACAUUGUGCACGCCCACCAGCUGCUUUACCACGUCCCCGAGCAGGUACGCGCGAUCAGGGAAAUGCGUCGGGUGCUCAAACCCAACGGCAUCUUCAGUACGCGCGACCUCCACACUUGGCUGGUGAGUCCUUCUCCACCCCAGCUGAAGGGAUGGCGCAUCCUCUUCCCUCAAGUGGUCGAGAAGACUGGCCGAUCAGAAUCCUUUGGUAGCGAAAGUCACAUAGUUGCGCACGAGGCCGGCUUUCACAAGGACAAGAUUGAAGUCAGCAGCUGGGCAUGGGAGAUGUCGACGGCGAAGUCCAGGAGCGCGUGGGUGUCUGGGUGGAAGCGUUUGCUCACGGAAAGGGCUAUCGAAUAUGGGAUGGCGACUGAAGAGGAGAUGCACGGGUAUGAGAAAGCCUGGGAAGAGUGGGCGGGAAAGGGGGAGAGUAGAUUUAUUGCGGUCGAUGGAGCGACCUUGGCGUGGAAAUGAGGUGCCAGGGUACUUACACAGCAGCAUAGAGGUAUGCAUGGCGUUUAUGCACCUAGCACAGGGGAUCUGUAGUGCGAAGACACUGUUAACGUGAUCGAGUGAAGUACUGCGUUCUAAGGUCCCCAAUUGUCCAACUCAGCAUAAUGGAAAGGCUUGGCGCAGACAAAAUACACAAGUGAAAGAUGAAGUUGUGGUGGAGAAAUGCACAUAAGGCGGUUGAUACCGUUUUGUGCCAUUUCUCUGCGUUUCUCGAGCUCUAUUGUCACCGCAUCAGGCGCUGUUCUGACCCCUAAUCCGCUUGUCCCCAUGACAAUCACCCUCUCCUCCGCUACCACUAAUCCACAAACCACUGCAAUCAUCUGGUAUCA